UCAGCCUUCAUUUUGGAAACUUUGAAAUCCGCGACUGGGUUUCCUGGUUCACUGUGAAACUGACUCCUCUCCUGCCCAGCUUGACCGCAGAGAUGCUCCAGACAGCAGCAUCAGACGCAGACUGCGACGCAUACCACGUCAUCGUUGGGGCUCUGAGCCGCGCCUUUGACCAGUUGGCUUCGCACAGACAGCAGCAGCUCGCCCCCGUCCUGGUGGGCUAUCUAAAGCAGAGUCACGCAUCGGGGCCGAGCUGUGGGUCCAACACCAGCAGCCUCAGCACUUGGCUCGAGGAAAGCUUUGGCAAGUUCUCCAUCUACGUGGAUUACCGAGACCUGCGCGUGCUCAACGAGGGCUUUGGCAGCUUUGAGGCACUGGACCUUCUGAGCGCCCCUCAGCUCGCUCAGCUGACGCUAACAUCUGGCGCCCUGAACAACGUAGGCCUGAUCGGCUUGGUCUUUGACCGUCUGGACAACAGCAGCAGCGCUUUCCGGGAGGUUGACGUGUUCUUGACAGUUCUCACCAGCACACCGCAGGCCUUGGACAUCGAUCCUGUGGUGAGGGACAUCACGAUGUACCGAGUCUUCGCCAUCAUCAGCCUUCACUUUGGAGACUUUGAAAUCCGCGACUGGGUUUCCUGGUUCACUGUGAAACUGACUCCUCUCCUGCCCAGCUUGACCGCAGAGAUGCUCCAGACAGCAGCAUCAGACGCAGACUGCGACGCAUACCACGUCAUCGUUGGGGCUCUGAGCCGCGCCUUUGACCAGUUGGCUUCGCACAGACAGCAGCAGCUCGCCCCCGUCCUGGUGGGCUAUCUAAAGCAGAGUCACGCAUCGGGGCCGAGCUGUGGGUCCAACACCAGCAGCCUCAGCACUUGGCUCGAGGAAAGCUUUGGCAAGUUCUCCAUCUACGUGGAUUACCGAGACCUGCGCGUGCUCAACGAGGGCUUUGGCAGCUUUGAGGCACUGGACCUUCUGAGCGCCCCUCAGCUCGCUCAGCUGACGCUAACAUCUGGCGCCCUGAACAACGUAGGCCUGAUCGGCUUGGUCUUUGACCGUCUGGACAACAGCAGCAGCGCUUUCCGGGAGGUUGACGUGUUCUUGACAGUUCUCACCAGCACACCGCAGGCCUUGGACAUCGAUCCUGUGGUGAGGGACAUCACGAUGUACCGAGUCUUCGCCAUCAUCAGCCUUCACUUUGGAGACUUUGAAAUCCGCGACUGGGUUUCCUGGUUCACUGUGAAACUGACUCCUCUCCUGCCCAGCUUGACCGCAGAGAUGCUCCAGACAGCAGCAUCAGACGCAGACUGCGACGCAUACCACGUCAUCAUUGGGGCCCUGAGCAGCAUCUUUGACCAGAUGACCUCACUGAGACAGCAGAAGAUCACAGCUGUUCUGGUGGAAUACCUGAAACAGAAUCAUGUAUCAGCCUGCCAAGGGGAUUCUACGACUGAUUCUUCAUGGAUGUCCAUCAACUUUGGCCCAUUUUCUAGACAUGUCACAUAUACCAAUUUACAGGAGAUGAAAAUUAAUGGGAUGACAGUUCUAAAUUCCCUCUCAGCAAGACUAAAAGCAGAAUUAAUCUUUGAUCCAUCUACUGGUGUACUUCAGAAUGAGACGCUUAUGAGGAUGGUGUUGUCCUCUAUUCUGAUGUCUCCAGAUGAUGGGCAGCUUGAACAGUUCUUUAUGACUUUUACUUACAUCACAACAAAGGUGAACAAGCAAUAUCACAAUGAUUGA